UGGGUGGCUUUGUGGUGUCGUUCCAGUCAGUGUGCUCGGGCCAGGCCGGGCUGGCUACGGUUGUGCCGGGGACCGGGUCGGGAGGAGAGGGACCGCUCCUCCGGCGGUACUCCUGCAGCUCGGGUACACGAGCGGGUCAGCGGUGGCGAGCCGGAGAGCGGGCUCAGUAGCCAGGCAGCAGCCCGGGAUGAGCGCCGCCGGCUCCGCGCUGACGACAAGACGCCCAGCAGCUUCGGCGGAGCCAGGAAAACGGGAGAUGAACAACGCAGUUGAGCAGACGAGCCCUCUUCCUGGGGCUGGGCUUCAGCUCAACUAAAGGCUCAACUUGGGGGUUUUUUUCGCAGAGGGAAGGAGAUUUUUUUUUUCUGUUGGCGGUGGGAGGUGGUCGCCCGAUUGAGGAGAAGUUAUGACCAGCUGGGCCUGAGCGCUGCAUUCGUUUUUUUUUCUUUUAACUUCAACCGUGAAAAUGCCAGUUCCUGCCUUUUUAAAUGUGAAAUAAAUCACUGCUUUGAUCUCUUUCGGGUAACUGGACGCUGCACACCAGUUGCCUUUUCAGGAGGAUCAUUUUGAGAGUCAAAACUUGGGAGAUUAAAAUGUCAGCGAAGGUUCGCCUGAAGAAGUUGGAGCAGUUGCUCCUGAACGGACCUCAGAUGAAUGCAAGUUCAAUGAGUGUGGAGACUUUGUUGGAUAUUUUAAUAUGCCUUUACAACGAAUGUAGCAGCUCGCCCAUACGACGGGAAAAAUACAUUGCAGAAUUCUUGGAAUGGGCAAAACCAUUUACCUCGACUGUAAAGGAGCUGAGGCUACGCCGAGAUGACUUUGAAAUGUUGAAAGUCAUUGGCAGAGGAGCAUUUGGUGAGGUGGCAGUUGUGAAAAUGAAAAACACUGAACGUGUUUAUGCUAUGAAAAUACUCAAUAAGUGGGAGAUGCUGAAACGUGCUGAGACCGCGUGUUUUCGAGAAGAAAGGAAUGUUCUGGUGAAUGGUGAUUGCCAGUGGAUUACUACAUUACACUAUGCCUUUCAAGAUGAAAACUACUUGUAUUUAGUCAUGGACUACUAUGUGGGUGGAGAUCUACUGACAUUGCUCAGCAAGUUCGAAGACAGACUGCCAGAAGAAAUGUCCAAAUUUUACAUAGCAGAAAUGGUGUUAGCUAUCGACUCCAUUCACCAGUUGCAUUAUGUGCACAGGGACAUAAAGCCUGAUAAUGUUUUGCUGGACAUGAAUGGGCAUAUACGUCUUGCUGACUUUGGUUCCUGCCUGAAGUUAAUGAAUGAUGGCACUGUGCAAUCUUCUGUGGCAGUUGGUACUCCUGACUACAUUUCUCCAGAAAUCUUGCAAGCAAUGGAGGAUGGAAUGGGAAAGUAUGGACCAGAAUGCGAUUGGUGGUCUCUUGGUGUAUGCAUGUAUGAAAUGCUUGUUGGCGAAACACCAUUUUAUGCAGAAUCACUGGUAGAAACAUAUGGGAAAAUUAUGAAUCACCAAGAAAGGUUCCAGUUUCCCUCUCAUAUCACUGAUGUGUCUGACGAAGCCAAGGAUUUGAUACAGCAAUUGAUCUGUAGUAGAGAACAUCGCAUUGGAAAAAAUGGAAUGGAAGAUUUCAAAAAACAUUCAUUUUUCAAAGGGAUUGAUUGGGACAACAUUAGAAAUAUUGAAGCACCUUAUAUUCCUGAAGUCAGCAGUCCAACGGACACUUCAAACUUUGAUGUAGAUGAUGAUGUUCUCAAAAAUCCAGAGUUGGUGCCACCAGCUACUCACACUGCUUUUUCUGGACUGCAUCUGCCAUUUGUAGGCUUCACAUUUACCACCAGCAGUCCUUUGUCAGACAGAGUUUCUUUGAGACAAGUUAUGCGGUCAGAUUCAAUUGAUGGGGACGCAAAUGUACGAACAGACUUGGAAAACAGUUUGCAAAUAGAGGCUUACGAGAGGCGAAUCCGCCGGCUUGAACAAGAAAAACUAGAACUAACCAGGAAGCUGCAAGAAUCCACUCAGGCAGCACAGUCACUUCAUAGUUCAACACGUGGAAUGGGAACUAUCAGCAGAGAUAAGGAAAUCAAGAAGUUAAAUGAGGAAAUGGACAAACUGAGAAAAAAGUUAGCAGAAUCUGAUCGGUUGGAACAUCAACUUGAAAAUGCAGUGUCUCUCCGCCAGGAUUUUGAGGAAAGUACAAACAAAGUAAAAGCACUAGAAAAACAGAUUAAAGCACUUAAACAAGAAAAAGAAGAAAAUCACAAGCAACUUGUUGAAACUCUUGAAAGACAAAAGUCCCAAACAAAGGAAUUGAAAGAUGCACAUCAGCAGAGGAAAAUUGCAAUGCAGGAGUUCUCUGAACUCAAUGAACGGAUGGCAGAGUUACGCUCACAAAAACAGAAAUUAUCCAGAAAUCUCCGUGAUAAAGAGGAAGAGUUGGAAGUAGCUAUGCAGAAAAUUGACACAACACGUCAAGAUAUCCGAAAAGCAGAGAGGACUAGAAAGGAGCUGGAAGCCAAGUUGGAAGACUCGAUGGCUGAAGCAUCAAAGGAGCGAAAGCUUCGAGAACAUAGCGAAACUUAUUCCAAACAACUGGAAAGUGAAUUGGAAGCAUUAAAGCUGAAGCAAGGUGGCCGGGCUGCUGGAUCCAGCUUGCAGCACCAGCAAGAACUCUCCAAGGUAAAAGCGGAGCUGGAGAAGAAACUGGUUUUCUAUGAAGAGGAACUGGUGAGGUGUGAAGCUGCUCACAGCACUGAAAUUAAGAACCUUAAAAAGGAGCUCCAUGAUUCUGAUGCUCAGCAUUUAGCUCUACAAAAAGAUGUCAUGAUAUUAAAGGACAAGUUGGAGAAAGCCAAGCGGGACAGGCACAAUGAGAUGGAGGAAACUCUUGGUGAACUGAAAAAGAAAUAUGAAUGUGAACGAAACAUGCUCAUUGAAGAGAACAAGAAAUUUUCAGCUGAGAAUGAUCGAAUGUGCACAUUUGUGGAUAAGCUUACAACGCAGAACAGACGACUUGAAGAUGAAUUGCAGGACCUUGCAGCAAGAAAAGAGUCGGUGGCUCACUGGGAAGCUCAGAUUGCAGAGAUUAUACAAUGGGUGAGUGAUGAGAAAGACGCAAGAGGAUACUUACAGGCUCUGGCAUCCAAGAUGACAGAAGAACUUGAAUCACUGCGGAAUUCUAGUCUAGGUUCAAGAACACUGGAUCCUUUGUGGAAAGUGAGACGCAGUGCAAAGUUGGAUAUGUCAGCUAGAUUAGAGUUACAGUCGGCUCUUGAAGCAGAAAUACGUGCUAAGCAACUGGUACAGGAAGAGCUAAGUAGAGUGAAAGCCACUAAUAUGGCAUUUGAGAGUAAACUGAAGGAGGCAGAUGGUAAGAAUCAGAAAUUAGUAGAAGAAAUCCAGAAUUUAAAGAAAGAAUUAGAAGAAAGUAAAGCCAGAACAGAAAAAGGUCUCAAACUUCCAGAUUUUCAGGAUUCUAUUUUUGAUUAUUUUAACACCUCUCCAAUUCCACAUGACUUGGGAUUUAAAAGUGGUUCCAUUAGUGAGUCUGAUUUGGCAGGCCCAAAACCAGAAGCAUCUCCUCAUUCUCCAUCACCAUUAGUUUCUAGCAAUCUGGAACGGAGGGAUGAGCCACUAACACCCCAGCAAACGGCUCCUGCUGCUACGUCUCCUAUAUUUGUACAGCCAACGCCUUUGCCUAAGCCUAAAGCCCAUCAGGUCAGUAUCAGAAAUUUCUCAAGCCCUACACAGUGUAGCCAUUGUACAUCUCUCAUGGUGGGUUUAGUACGACAGGGAUAUGCCUGCGAUGUAUGCUCAUUUAUAUGCCACGUCUUGUGCAAAGACAGUGCUCCCCAAGUAUGCCCUCUUCCAUCUGAGCAAGCAAAGAGGCCACUUGGAAUUGAUGUUCAGAGGGGUAUUGGCACAGCUUACAAAGGCUACGUAAAGGUUCCCAAACCCACAGGAGUGAAGAAAGGCUGGCAGCGAGCAUAUGCGGUGGUUUGUGAUUGUAAGCUUUUUCUAUAUGAUGUAGCUGAAGGCAAAUCUAUGCAGCCUGGAGUUGUUGCUAGCCUGGUAUUGGAUUUGAGAGAUGAAGCCUUUUCUGUGAGUUCAGUGUUUGCAUCUGAUGUCAUUCAUGCUACCCGGAAAGAUAUUCCAUGUAUUUUCAAGGUGACAACUUUGCUGCUCUCCUCACCAUCAAAGACCUGCUCAUUACUAAUCCUGACAGAAAGUGAAAGUGAGAAAAGGAAAUGGGUUGGAAUCCUAGAAGGAUUGCAGAAUAUCCUACAAAAAAAUAAACUGAGAAACAGAGUUGUAUAUAUUCCACAAGAAGCAUAUGAUAGUACACUGCCUUUUAUUAAAACAAGUUUAUCUGCUGCUGUUAUUGAUCGUGAGCGUAUAGCUCUGGGUACAGAGGAAGGACUGUAUGCAGUCGAGCUAACACGAGAUAUGAUUGUUCGAGCAGCUGACUGUAAAAAAGUCUACCAGAUUGAGCUCAUUCCCAAAGAAAGUCUUAUUGUCCUUAUUUGUGGCCGAAACCGACACGUUCAUUUCUAUCCAUGGGCUGCUUUUGAUGGACCUGAGACCACCUUUGAUAUUAAACUCACUGAAACAAAAGGCUGCCAGACCGUGGUUUCAGGAUCCUUGCGGCAGGGUAUUGUGAGUGCUCUUUUUGUGGCAGUGAAACGGCAAAUCCUAUGCUAUGAAAUUAGCCGAACUAAACCUUAUUACAAGAAAGUCAAUGAAAUUCAGGCCCUAGGGAAUGUGCAAUGGAUGGCAGUCUUUGAAGAAAAAGUUUGCGUUGGCUACCCUUCUGGAUUUUCACUGCUUAAUGUCCAGGGAGAUGGACCUUCCAUUAAUCUCGUCAACCCAAUGGACUCAUCGCUUGCAUUUCUCUCACACCAACCUUUUGAUGCUCUUUGUGCUAUGCAGCUUAGCAAUAAAGAGUAUUUGCUCUGCUUUAGCCAUGUUGGUGUAUAUGUGGACUUGCAAGGGAGGAGGUCACGAAUGCAAGAGCUGAUGUGGCCUGCAGUUCCUGUUGCUUGCGGUUACACUUCUUCAUAUCUAACGGUCUACAGUGAGUAUGGUGUGGACGUCUUUGAUGUGAACACAAUGGAAUGGGUCCAAACAAUUCCUCUUCGGAAGAUCCGACCAUUAAAUGCUGAAGGUUCACUAAACCAGCUCAACUCGGAACCUCCACGGUUAAUAUAUUUCAAGAAUAACUAUUCUGAGGGAGAUAAUUUGAGUGUGCCAGACACUUCAGACAACAGCAGAAAACAGAUGGUCAGAACCCGUAGCAAAAAGCGGUUUGCUUUUAAGAUACCAGAAGAGGAAAGGUUACAACAAAGACGGGAAAUGCUGAGAGAUCCUGAGAUGCGGUCAAAACUAAUAUCGAAUCCAACAAACUUUAACCAUGUAGCUCACAUGGGGCCAGGAGAUGGCAUGCAAGUACUUAUGGAUCUCCCACUGAGCGUAUCACCAGUAUCACAGGAUGAACAAUUAAGAGAUAAACGUGCUUCCCAAUCUAAUCUUUCAAGACAACAACGAAGUAAACAGUACCUUACACGUACAGCUUCAGGUGGGGAAGGUGUUAUGACAACACGUAAUAUCUCUGAUCCUGAUCAAGAUUUUGAGAGAGAGCAGGACUCUGAUUCAACAAGACAUUCAACUCCUUCAAACAGCUCCAAUCCAAGUAGCCCACCGAGUCCAAACUCUCCUCACAGGAACCAAAUUACACUGGAUGGUUUGGACCAUUCCACAUGUGAUGCAUAACUUUUGCCUCCAGUAAUACUUUGCAGUUCACCAAACUACACAAUAGGAUUCUCCAUUUCAUAGAUUAUUUUCCUCUUGCAAAAUGGAUUUUUGCUGAAUUGCUCCAAGAAAGUGCCAAGAAUGGAGAAUAAUUUCUUCUGUUAAUUCUUGCUGAUUGCACAUUAAAUUAUAUAUUCAGGCUCCUUUACGAACAUUUCCAGCUUAUUUUGACUGUCAGCCCAGUAAAAUGACUGACUAAGUGUCACUCGUAUUCUUUGUGAUUACGGUUUUGUGCAGUGUUGUUGUUAAGUUGCAGCAUUUAACAACCAAAUGGUUUUGGGAUUGUGAAGCCCACUCCUUCUUUCACACCAAACGUUCCUUCCAAAUUUCUAAUAUAGUUGGUAAAUGGUGAAAUAAAAUUGUCCAUGUACUGUUCCUGUAUCUUAGUUUAUAUAUAAAAAAAGAAAAAAUGUUUUCUUCAGGGUAUACAUGACACUAGUAAAUAAUACUGUGAAUAAGAAUUUUAGUUGCUUUUUGUAUUACUGUUUUUAACCUUUGACAUAGAUGUCCUUUCUUUGUGCUGUAUUGUAGUGAAAGACCAUAUCUAUGUUUCUCAAUGUCUAUGGACCCAAUGCAGAAAUGUUAAUGCUGGGAAACGCCAGACCUGGACCUGCUGCAUUCUCAAAUAUACAAUUAUUGUAAGAUUUGACAAAAUAUGAUUGUCCUAAUUGCUGAUCAGAGGUAGUAUAAAUAUAAGGUAUUGGACUCUGGGAUACAAGAAAGCUACAUUAAUUUGAUCAUUUUCUAAUUCAGUUUUUGCAUGAAAAUACAUACCAUCAAAACAUGUUGUACUGGUUUAAAAUCAAUAGAUAUCCACAGUAGUCUUGUACAUUUUGAUAUGCACCCAGAUGAUGUGCUCCUGGUGGAUGCAAUUAAUGUGUGCGUGUGUCAAUGUAUAUAUAACUCAUGUUUGGUGUAUGAUAACAUUAUUACUCAUUGAAUUGUCCAUAUUGCAUUAAAGGCUUGUACAUCACAGCCAGUAUAUUCAAUUUGUCAUCACACCUGUGUGCCUUCUGUGCUGUAUUUGAGACAAUUUAUUAUUCAUACAGAUGCAGUAUGAUUUCCCGUUCAAGAUCAUUGCAAAGAGCUUGCAUGUUUUAGUCACCCAGAUUCCUGACUGAGUGGAUAAUUGUGACGUGCCACGUUAAGCAACUAAUCAAACUUCUUUCAUUUACUUAAAAGGGCUCACUGUGGAGCCUAACACUACUGGUGAAACAAACAGUUUUUUUUAAUGUUAAUUUGUGAAAGUGGAUAGUGUUAAAAAUUAGCUAACCACUGUUUGUAAUUAUGGAAUUGUGCUUUGACAAAAUACUGAAUAUUGACCUGUCAAUAAAGCAUAAGAGGGAGGUAACAAA